AUGCCGAAGGUCGGGCUGAUCAUGGACCUGCGCGGGAACGCGGGGGGGCGGCCGAACUACGUGAAGCUGCUGGCGGAGUCGCUAGUCGCUGAGACCGUGGCGGCCAACCCGACCGUGUUGCGGGCGACGGACGCGAUCGCGGCCGCGCUGGCCGCUCUCCUGUCCGAAGGCACGGAGGACAUUGAGGAGCUGCUCCCGUUCUUCCAGUAUAGAAGCGCGGUGAACACGGCGCUGGCCAUCGGGGAGCCGUUCUCCGGCCCGUCGGCAAGCCUGUACGACGCGCGAUUCGCGGAGCGGUUCGCGCCGCGCGCGUACUUCGGGCCGGUGGUGACGCUCGUAGACGGGCUGUGCUACUCCGGCGGGGACCUGUUCACGUCGCUGCAGAAGGACUACGGGUUCUCGACCGUGGUGGGCGUGUCCGACAACGUCGGGGCGGGCGGCGCGUCGACGGUGUCGUAUUCGGUCCUGUCCGAUUUCUUCCCCGAGUUUUUCCCGCCGGUAGCGGCCGGGUUCACAACGGCGUUCGCGCGGUUCUACCGCAGCGGAACGAGUGCCGGUGGGAUCAUCGAGAACUUUGGCGUGGAGCCGGAUGUGAGGUACUUUUCGACGAGGAACGACGUGCUGAAGGACGACUGCGACUUGUACGAGUUCCUUGGGGAGAUUUUGACGAGUGGGGACGCGCCCGGCGAGGGGCCCACGGAUAACCUGAGCGAAUCGCCGGGGCCCGGCGACGGGCUGGAGCCCAUGUACACGAUGGAGCCCGACGGGCUGCUCGGGCCGUUCGUCUCCGCGGAGCCGGAGGAGAUAAUUUUUGCUUUGUAAUGGUUGGUAGGUCGGGAGCGAAUGGAUGCGUGGGAUGCAUUUUUCGUCAGUACCCCCCUAGCGUUUUAGUAUUAGGGCAAAUAAAGUUAUGGCGUACAGCCCUGGAGGUGCCGAUCCAACGCUGUACGAAGAAGUGUGU